AAAAAAAACCAAAAAAUUCUGCCGUUUUCAGAAAAAAUGGAAUCAUAUGCUUCUUCUCUAAAGAAAGCAACCAUGGCCAUGACUUUUUCUUAAAAAAAAUCCACCAAUCUACGGCCACAGAUCCCAAACAAGAAUCUCCAUGUUUAUUUUUAGAAGAAAGACAAUCGGCUCAUAUAUCUCCAAAAUCCUUUAAGCUUCAACCCCCACUUCCCUCAAAAAUUCCAAUAGUGAUUUAGUCACUGAAGAAUAACAGCCCCACACACACAUUAAAAAGAAGGGACGAAAUGGAAGGAAAAACAAAAAAAAAAGAAGUGAAAAAACAAGAGAUAAAAUCGGACAGAAAUUUGGAGGUCUUUGGACAAGAAAAGUGAAGAAAAAUCAAUUUCGUCUAGUUUCAAUUUUACUUCAAAGUCAAAUAUACAAGAAAAAUCAGUUUUCUUCUUUUGGAUUUUUGUUUGAAAUGGAGUAAAGCCGAGUGGUUGUUCAAAUUUUGGUUGCUGACUUAGGUUUCGAUCGAGGUUGCGGUUCGUGCUAUUGUUCCUCCUCGUUCGGAUAAGGUUCAAAGCCCUAUAGCCGACUUCAUUUUUAUUAUCAAAAAGAAACUUAUAUUCUCAGUAAUUCUUGAGAAUUUCUCUCUAUCAUUAUCAACGGAGUACACAUUGAUGCAGAAAAAUCUGAAUUGGCCACUUGGGUGGCCAAUUGGAGGAUAUCUUGGCCCUCAGGGACCUUACUAUUGUUCAGUUGGCGCAGACAAAGCCUUUGGCCGAGAUAUUGUCAACUCCCACUACAAAGCUUGUUUAUACGCCGGCAUCAACAUUGGUGGAAUUAAUGCGGAAGUUAUGGCAGGCCAGUGGGAAUUCCAAGUUGGACCACCAGUAGGCAUUUCUCCUUGUGAUGACCUUUGGGUUGCUCGUUAUGGUAGUUCUCUUUCACUUCAAGGAAAAGUUAAAAGGAAGUUUUAACGUCCUACUUUAAGUUUCUUUGUUGUGGUUCUAACAGAGGAUUGCAGAAGCAGCUGGUGUAAUUGUUUCUUUUGAUCCAAAACCUGUUGAGGUUAGGUUUGUUUAUGGAGAUUAAUCUUUUAUUAUACCGAGAAUUUGUGUUUUCACAUCGGGGAGCCUUGACGUAACGAAUAAAGUUUCUGCCGUGUGACCAAGAGGUCACGGGCUUGAGCCA